AUUCGAGCAACGAUCGAAAAUGGCGGACGAGCUGCAGUUCCUCGUGCACUUCAACCGCACACUGUGCGUCUCCCUGUCCUCUAAAGCAGCCACUUUCUCCAGUAUCGCCUCCUUUGUCCAACAGCGUGAAGGUGUGCCUUCCUCACUCCUCGAUCUGUACGUGAACGGCCGAAAACUCGACGCUUCAAGCCAUGUCCCUUCCUUCCCGACCAUUAUCCGCGCCCGACUUCAUGGCGGCCUACGCGGCGGCAAAGGCGGAUUCGGUGCCAUGCUGCGCAGUAUGGGGAAAACUUCAGGUGCCAAGACCACGACGGACUUUGGCGCGUGUCGAGACCUGCACGGCCGCCGUCUACGCCACGUGAACCAGGAAGUGGCGAUGCACAAGUGGCGACAGGAUGCAGAGACUCGAGCCAAGAGGGAAAAGGAAGGAAUCGAAGACCGAGAGAUUCUUGAUGAAGAUACACCCAGCGGUAUCCCUGGCUGGUACCUUGCAACGCCCUCGUGGGCGGAAGGUAUUAAGAAGUCGUACAUGAAGAGAAGACGCAAUACUGUGCUAUGUAAGAGCUGGAUAAAAGCCAGAGAGGGGGGGAAAUCACCCCCACCAGGAGCUCCGAGAUGGUGGGGCUGCCCACGUGGACGAGACUGUGACUUUGCUCACGGAGAAGAGGAACUAAGAGGUGAAGGAUUGACGGAGUUUAAGCGAGCCAAGAGGGAAGAGGCACAGAGAGCUAAACAACAGGAACUGCAGGACUAUGUCGAUUUUGAACAGGAGAUGCCAGACGACGUGUUAGAUGCGAUUAAGAGCGGUUUACGGCGUCGCAAGAAGAAAGCAGACGUCAAGAUCGAGCAGCAGGAAAAAGACGCGCGGGUGUUGCCACCUGAUGCCACAACGUACAUCAGUGUUCGGUCAGCGCAACGCCCGCUGCCGGUUGUGGAGAAGUGGCUGAAGCUGAUUGGAGGAAAUGAAGAGGACGCUACUGCUAGCGUGGGGACGACGUUCAAGCAUGGGCUGUGUGAACUACGUGGCCGCGGCAACUUUGGCACGGCAACAGCGCGACACUGCUGCGCCUUGACGAAGGGAAAAUGGUACUAUGAAGUGCGUCUCGUGACAGCUGGCGUGGUGCAGAUUGGCUGGGCAGACUCAACGUUUGAGGCGAACUCGGAAACGGGAGAUGGCGUGGGUGAUCAUGAGCGCUCGUGGGCUUAUGAUGGCGCUCGGCAGGUGAAGUGGAACGGUGGCAAAGACGAGCAGUACGCCACUGAUGACUCGUGGAGCAAGAACGAUGUUAUCGGCUGUCUGUUGGAUUUGGAUGAGGGCACUGUCUCGUUCACUCAGAAUGGUGUUGAGCUCGGUGUGGCAUUCCGCAACGUCAAGCACACGGCAAGUGACCGCGGCUUCUUCCCGGCUAUCAGCGUCGAGCAGACGGAGAUCUUGCUAGUGAACAUCGGUUCCCAACCGUUCCUGUACGAAGCUCCUGGAUACGAACCUGUCAUCGACGCGCUAGAAUCUGAAGCUGUUGAUGAACGAGCUAUCAUAGUCUCGAGCACAGACAACGCAAGUGACUUGGCUAGCGGCAGUGAGGAAUCAAGCUCAGCAGCCGUAGAUGACACCAAGAAACCGACCAAGUUGAGUUCAUCGAAGAAUGGAAAGGUGGGGAAAUCUCAGAGAGCAAAGGAUUCUGUGAAGAAGGUGGCUCCCACUGAACCUCCUAUCGAUCUGAUGAAGUUUGAGACUGUCGCGUCACUUGAGGCGCUUGGAUUGGAGCGACUGAAGCAAGAAUUGAGUCGACGUGACUUAAAAUGCGGUGGUAACUUGACAGAGCGCGCGGCACGCCUACUCAGUGUUCGAGGAAAAGCUUGGGAUGACAUCGACGCCAAACUUAAGGUCAAGAAGAAAGCACCACGAGGAUAGAUGUAGCAUGCAAAGCAGUGUACUCUUCUUCAUCGAGGCAUUUUAACAUCAGAGAAUUACAAAACAUGCAACAUGCAACAGGCAAUAUGCAGAAUGCAAACCAUGCAAGCACAUGAAAAUAUGCAGAUUGAGCUACUACUAUACGGAGUUGAAGCUUGAAGUGAAGGAAGAGUUACUUCUUCUGGCGUGUCGUAGUAACCGAGGUGUACGACAUGCUAGGUUUGAAGGUGGAUUGGGGCGGCGGCGGAGGAACACCGAAUGGCGGCAUUGCUUGGAAGUGUUGGCCAUUCGGUGAGGCUCCAGGAUAGCUCAUGGGAGGACGUGGGCCACCAAAGCCGCCUAAACCAGAAGAUCCAUUGCUGCCGGUAUUGUGGAACUGCAUUGCGAGUGAGGCAACAUCAAGGGCGCCUCCACCGUUGUUUGACGGGGGUGGAGGUGGAGGCUGCGGGUAGCCUGGUGGCUGCAUCACUCCAGGCGGCAUGUUUCCUCGAAAAUACAUGGGGUUCUGCUGCGGCAUCAUUGGUGGCAUGGGAUAUCCUGGCGGUCCACCCGCAAACUGAUUGUUCGGCAUCGGGGGCAUUGGACGACCGAACAUCGCUUGCGUCUGCUGCUGCUGGUUCAAAAAUGGCUGCUGUUGUGGUGGCUGAGGAGGCUGCGGUGGUUGCUGAAGUGGCUGCGAUGACGGAGCCGAGUAAGGAGGUGGAGGCGGACCGCUGACCUGGACAGACUUGGCAAAAUCGGCAAAGUUGAAGCUGCCAGCGCUUUCUUGAGUGCUGACUUGAGUCUGUUCGCUGUCUGAGGGAUUGGACAAGCCGGGAGGGGGUGGUGAUCUACUAGGUGGUGCCGACUUACUGCGAGGCUGGUUGUCCUCGCCAGAUAUUCCCUCUGCAGUGUCAGGAACACUCGGAAGUGGCGGUUGUGAUGAUGCUGGAGCCCGAGCAAAGCCGAAGCGUGAUUGACCAGUGGUCUCAGCUGGAACGGACGACUGCUGUUGAUCCUCAACAGGUUUGCUGCUUUCUGCAACUGGUGUUGAUUCCUUUUUCUCAGAUUCUUUGGGCACAUCCUCGUCUUCGUCGUCAUGCUGGGCCUUCUUCUUGCGCGGGAUGAUCUCCUCUUCCUCUGAAAGAACAAUUUCCACCUCCACUGGCUCAAGUUCAAUCAUUUCAUCUUCAGCUUGAUCACCCAGUAAUGCGUAAAGAUUCUUCUGGAACGCUGGAUCUUGGAACUGAGCGAGCCGCAGUUGUGCGUACUGUCGGAACUCCAGUAGUCGAUUAUGCUGCGCCUUCUCGAUCGCCACAAGCUCAUCAGCAAACUUCUCUCGAAGCCGCAGUUUCUUAAUGUAUGUAGUUGCCACGUGGAACUGUCCACCUUCGAUAGCUUUGCGAAUCAGCAGCUCGACGUUAUACUGCGGUAAAUACUCAGUAUUGUCUUCUUCCUUCAAGGGAAAUUCUUCGCCACUCGCAGCAGCAAGCGCAGCAUCAGCAGCUGCAAUUGCAUCGUUCAGCGGGUUCUUGGCCAAGUUGAACUUGAUUGCAUACUUAAUGGCCUUGUAGAACUCGUUAUGUGCGACCAUAGCAUCCACCAGGUACCGCAGCAAGCUUAUUGUCGCGUCUCCGUUGCCUUGAUCCAGUUUAAACUCACGUAGAUAGCGUAACGAGGUC